AUGUACAACUCAAAGAGUGAACUAUGUACAACUCAAAGAGUUCCCGGUUCUGAUACUGUUUCAUCGUGGACGAACUACGGCGAAGACACAAUUUAUUUAGAGGAGGCACUUUCACUUCUUGAAAGAACAACAACAUUGACUUCUAAAUCGAAUAUACAGACGACACUUUCAGCAAUAUAUAGGACGACGACAAGCCACGAUAUUUUCGGAGAAAAAGACAGCUACUUUAUCUCACCACACAAAAUACUUCUUGCCACUCCGAAUUCGAUUUCGGAGAUGCACUUCUUCGAGACUCUUGUAACAACCUUAAUUUUCCUUAAUCUCCUGGCACACUAGACAAACUUUUCAACACCUCACUUGAUUUUCACUUGAUUCUUUUUCACUAACUGUUUUUAAACCUUCUAUAGCAAAGACACGAAAAAUAGGCGCAUCAAUUGUUGAUGCGUCGAAAAAUGCGAGCGAUGUUUGGAUUCACAAGACUUUGGAUUAUUAUUUCACCGGAAGAAGAUGAUAGUACUUCUCGAGAGGGCUUACUAUUACUCAUUUACAAACUGGGGGAGAGAUGAAGAAACACAAAUAAACUCAUGCUGUCAGGACGAGUCGUGUAUCAGCAGGAGACACAACAGAUCAGAUUUAUAAAUGCAGAUUGUCAACAUGCGGCAACACAACACCACAACAAAUUCUAAGAAUACAGUAGCCAGGAUGGUAGUAUCACAACUAUUGUGCGACGAGGACCAAGUUUCACUGAGCUGCAGGCGGUAACUACCUUUGAUCAGUUCUCGCCGAAGAUGCACAUACGUAGUACCGUGUUUGUAAGACAGUUUUGUACUGUUUUAAAUGUACUAACGAAGACCAGCACACUGAGAAAUAAACCUGCUAACAGGUAUAUAAAAUUCGAGGACGGCCACUACUACACGAUUGUAAUGUAUAAAACCAUGACUUGGUGCAUUACGGACGACGAAACAACUGUAAUCGAACACCGAAAACCAGCUGCUCGUAUUGCGAGGAAUACUAUAGACUUUUCAAUUUUUAAAGUUUGAUUGCAAAAAAAUUUGGAUUCUGGCUGCAGAUUUUCACCAGCCGGUGGAUAAAAAGCGACUGUUUUGAUGUUUGACGAUAGUGCAACCGAAAAAUCGAUAAA